CCGGCCCCGGCCCAGGACCGGCCUGCAGGCCGGCGGCACUAAGUGGGAAAUGGCCUUCACGUCCCAACCGGAAGACCGAGAGCCGGGCGUCGGCCCAACGACUCCUCACCAGCAACCGCUCCUCUCGGCCAUGGAGGGAGAAGCCAAAGCCGCCGACCCCAAAAGCCUCCACCGGCUGCACGACCAUGACAGGGAGAAGCCCCGCUCCGUCUGCCUCCUCGAGCAGAAACGCAAAGUCGUGUCUUCAAACAUCGACGUUCCCCCAGCGAGGAAGUCCUCCCAAGAACUGGACAUGGACCGAGUGACCGCAGCCAUGGUGCUCACCAGUUUGUCCACCAGCCCUCUGGUCCGCAGCCCGCCCGUUCGACCCGGUGAGGGUCUCUGCGGGUCGUGGAAAGAAGGAGGCUUCGUGCCUUCGAGCGCGAGCAGCAGCGGCUUCUGGAGCUGGAGCGUGCCCAGUGACCAGUCCAACCCGUCCACCCCAUCGCCCCCGCUCUCUGCGGACAGCUUCAAGCCCUUCCGGACGCCCUUGCAGCCGGACGACGGCAUCGACGAAACGGAAGCUAACGGCCUUCUCUUCGACGAGCCCAUUCCCAGGAAAAGGAAGAACUCCAUGAAGGUGGUGUUCAAGUGCCUGUGGAAAAACUGCGGGAAAGUCCUGAGCACUGCAGCCGGGAUCCAGAAGCAUAUCCGGACCGUCCACCUAGGGCGCGUGGGCGACUCGGAUUACAGCGACGGCGAGGAGGAUUUUUACUACACGGAGAUCAAACUCAACACCGACUCAGUCACUGAGGGGCUCGGCAACCUUUCCCCGGCGUCCCCCUCCCCGCCCCUCGCGCCACCCCCUAUCGUCUUCCCCGUCCCGGAUGGGGGCCGGACCGCGCCCGCUGGCGGAAGGCCUGUUGCCAAGCCCGAGGAGACGAAACCGGGGACACCCCUGAGCCGUUCGGCUCCCAGCACCCUCUACCUCGUGCACACGGACCACGCCUACCAGGCCUCGCCCCCAGUGAACAUCCCUGGCCCGGCCAAGUUCACCCCCAAUGGCGGCAGCUUCAGCAUCUCUUGGCAGUCCCCCCCGGUUCCUUUCACGGGCAUGCCGGUGUCCCCCAUGGUGGACAGUCGCCCGGCGGCCCAGGUCGAGCAGAGGCAGCACGUGCAGGCAAUCCUAUCCUCGCCGCCCAGAGGAGCGUUCAGCUUGAGGAAGCCGCGAGGGGAGGGCAGGAAGUGCCGGAAAGUGUACGGCACGGACAACCGGGACCUCUGGUGCACGGCCUGCCGCUGGAAGAAGGCCUGUCAACGCUUCACUGACUGAGAAGCUGACGGGACCCCCGACCCCUCCCCGGACCUCGCCCCGGACCCUGCCCCGGCCCACCGUGCCGGGUUCGGAAAAGGACUUGUUCUCUAUGCCAAGUCCACAGAGCCAGCAGCACCUCAAACCCCCAAACAGCAGCAAAAAAUCCUCCCCACCACCUAGGUCUCUCCCCAACGAAGGCAGCCCUCCCCCCGACUCCGGCUUCAUCACUGCCACGGUGUGAACUACAUCCGCAGCACGUGCAGGCGGGAGUGGGCCCUAGCCCCUCCGAGCCCCGCGAGCUUUGCUCCUCCCAGCCCUCAUGGGCGGGGGACGCUGGGGGAAUCUCGUUCUCGGUAGUGCCGGGGACCCUUCCCUUCCUUAUGUUUCCCGAGGCUGCACCCGACGCACCCUGGCCUGCAGCCCCCAGCCACCUCUCGCCGAUAUCCGACUGGGCACAAGCAGGUAGCCCUCGGCCUGCCCCAAAGUCUCUGGGGCCCCUUCCCUGACAAGCCCCGGGCCCAGCAGGCCCCCUGGUAGUGUGGUGGUCUUGCCUGUGGGGAUUGCCCUUCCAGGUCGCUCCGGAGGGCAGCAGCCACUCCGAACACACUCCCAGGGCUCUGUGCCCUCGGGACGGACGGACAAGAGAGGACACGGAGAAAGAAAACCCGGGGCAUCCGAUCACCAUUCCUCCAGAGGGCGAACUGACGCUCCGAACCCCGGGAAGCCCCCGGGAGACUUGGCCGUCCAGAGGUCAGAGCCACAUUUGCUGUCCCCGAGGUUAAUCUCUUCUCCCCGAGCCAACAAAAGCCAGCACUGUACAGGAGGUGUGCUCAGGACUGAGUCACGCGGGCAGGAGUCACAGGGGCAUGCUCAGGACCAACCAAGUCACGGGUCAGGGCUCACGGGGGCGCCGGGGGAGACUGUCCACCAUGGGGUGUCACAGUGACGGCACCAAAGGAGUGGGGGUUGGGAGUCACCCAGGACCCACCAAGGGCUCGUUUCUUAGUCUGGCGAAGGAAAUGAAGGCAGCUGGCCUAAGGCCAUUCUCUGCCCAUCCCACCUACCGAUCCCACCCCCCCGUGUGAUGUUCUUAUGUUUUAGCCACAGUCUCCCCUGCCCCGCUGGACUCUUCUAGCCCCAGGGGGUGACAGUGCCUGGUAUCAGCCUGCCUGGCCCAUCGAUCCAGCCUGCCCAUCUGGGGCAAAGCCACGAAACUGCAGGGCUCAGCAAACACUGGCCACAUGUUGGGCUAGCAUGGAACUACCAUCUAAAAGCUCUCUCCCACCUCCACACAACCCACACCAGCCCCGUCCACCCCUCCCCGCAAGACAGUCACUCCUUGACCUUGCCUGGCACCAGCCCUGGCCCAGCCAUGGGAGGGCAAAUGCCAAUCUGAGAGUCAGGUCUAUGGCCUGGGGCAGCUUGAGCCAGGCUCCCAAGAAUCACUCCGGGGCCCCCGACUCAUCUUCCCGGGCCAGGAAGCUCCUCUCCCUUGGACCUCCAGGUCAUCCUGGCCCACCGUGACUGUCUCGCGAAGGUUUCAUGUGGAAAUCUCCCGGAGGGAAAAAAAAUCAAUAUGGAAUCAAGCAAGAAGGGGCAUUUCCGGUAGCAGAUCGGCAAUGGAUUUGUUGCAGUGACAGCAGGAACAGCAGUGCUGGUAAGAACUGGGCACCAGAUGGAACCAGCAUAGCCCCCGCCCCCCCGUCAGACCAAACGCAGAUUUUUCAUCCCUCCCCAUUCUAGGGAAGUUUGCGGCCUCUCCCAGACCUCCCGGAAGACCACGCCGUGGGCAGUCCUGCGGUGGCAAAGCAGGGCCGGAGUGGACUUGCUUCCUCCUGCUUUGGCUCCCAGCCUGGAUGUGUUCCCAUUUGGCUCCCUGGCCACGGGCGGGUAGACCCGGCAGCGCCUCUCCGGGAUGGCCCACGUACAGACAGGCUGCGAAGGUGCCAAACUUGGGGGAGGGUCUUCAGCUGCAGGAGCCUCUCGGGACUGACCCCAAAAACACACGACUGGAUUGUGGGGGGUGGGGAACCCCCAGACCGGCAGGAGGCCACCAGACAGGCUCCCUCCCACAGAUCCCCAGGGAGCAGAGGGGAAGAUGGCACUGAGCAUCCCUCCUCCUGAUCUCCUCGCUUCCCCCUCCGCCCCCCGGCUUCUCAGAGUCCUGUCCUCCAGGGCACAGAGGGCACGGUCCUGCCACCCUCAGCCCCCCACCCGCUCGCAUAGAGUCUCUUCUCCCUUGGUCCCUCCACAGAGACAUUUCUUCCCCCUCCCCUCCCGAAAAUAUCUCGCGUCCUAACCAAAACCAUCCCUUCCAACCCUCGUAAACGCAAACUCGUCUCACUUCCUCAGGGAGAGCGAGAGUGGGGCCGGCACGCUGGCCAAGGAAGAACAGGGUGAGGCCUGUUGGGGAACACACUGGGAGCCCAGAACGGAGCCAGUUGUCCAAGAAGAAGCAGCCAGCCAGUGGCGGUCCCAGACAGAAGCCUGAGGCUCUGCGGUAUCCUCCCUCUCCUCCUCCAGCCACCCCCGAGGCGGACAGGCUGGAGCCAGGAAGAAUUCCCUGGCAGUGGCUCCUCCUGCCAACUGCUCUCCUAGCCUCGAGCAGUCCAUCCCUCUGCAUACACACUGGCUGGUCCUCAGCCGGCAGUCCGGUCCCCGGGCUACCAUGGAGCGACUCUCCCUGACCUCUGACCUCUCCACCCCAAGGAACCCCGGGGUGGGGGGAGGGGUGGGCCACCCAGAGAGGGCUGCCCUCCGUGAUCGGGUUUUUUAGAGAUUUACAUUUUGCAAGACAAUCUCACUUUUUGUAACUUUGCUGGCGGUCGUAGAUUGAGAAUGGUAUUUGGAACAUCAAAGCCGAAAAUUAAAUCUCCAAAAAACGCUAGGUAAAUCGGUUUUCCUGAUACAAUUCCUGGGAUGCCAGUUCAUUCGGCCUGGGCCCCAGUUGGGUGGGCAGCAGGCCCAGAGACCCACUGGCUGAGUCUUCCAGGAGACAAAGGUCCGGGAACUGUAGGGAGCUUGUUGGGCACGGAAGGACCUGGCUUUCUUCCCGAAGCGGGCCGAGGCGUAGGCUCAGGACUUGCUGUACAGUGUCUUCUUAGACCAAGGGCUAUCCUCCGAGGCGAGCUGCUCCGGCGAGGUCAGGUCUGAAGACACCGGACUCUUUACAGACAACCUUCUCUCUCGCUCGCUCACCCUCUUUCUUUCACACACAUCGUGAUCUUCCGAAACCAAAACCUGAGUGCACCCCCCACCAUCCCCACAGCUGCCAGGCACCAGAGCCAGCCUUUAUCAAGGGCGUGCCCCAGGCAGGAGGCGAGCUGCCCACCUGUGGGGUCAGAGAGAGCCUGCCCCACGGAGACUCGGACCUCUGGGCCACAUGUGGACACCCGGAGAAGAAACUGUCAUGGAGUGGCACCGUCCAUCAUCCCUGGCCCACAGCCAGCCCUCAAUGGACCAGAUCCUGAGAUGCAUUUCCUAAACAUGGCCUCCCUCACCAAGCUGUGGCCCGAUAUAUCUGGGAAAUCCAUGUCCGUGCCAACGUAAACCCACUGCCAGUGUCCGGAGUUGCAGACGGGGCACCUGGUCCACUGGGCAGAAAGGAGCCCAGGGAGGUUCACAUUGCUGACCACACUGACCCCAGCUUUCCGGGAAAUCCUCCUCUCCUCUCACAUGAUCAAUCUCGGAGCCCAGCCCCGACGAGCGAUGCAGUUAUCAAACCAUCUUCUCGCCCCUUCAGAGCCAAUGAGUCAUGGACCGUGAUAGACCGGAAUUCCUUUUCCAGCCGGAUUAGGUGUCUUUCCUACAAGGCAUCAGUUCCCAGAACCUCGGGCCAACUGGUCUUUCCACCUAGACCAGUAGGGAAUUGCGGGGGGGGGGGGGGAGGGGAGAGGGGAAAUCUCCCCACGAUACCCGUGCUGCCCUGCCCUCACACCACGCCCAACCCAGUGACGCAGUAUUUGCCGGUUGCUGGGUCAGAACCGAAAACGAACAUGGGGGGUGGGUGGCGACCAGCGCGCAUGGUGUCCUCCGGGGAACACAGCCCGUUUCAGGGAAGGCUGGGGGCUCUGGUCUUGUUCCCCUGAAAGGAAGCGUGAGCCGAUCACCCUCCUGGAGCUCACCCUCCUGGACGGGGGUGGCCCAUCCAACAGCUCUUAACUCUCCCCAGUGAUCCAGCACAGACCCUGCAAACCCCUCCGACUCUCCCUUCUCCAUCCCUGACUCUCCCCCAGUGAUCCAGCAAGGACCAUCCAACACCUCUGACCCUCAGUUUCCUAGCAUGGACCAACCAAAGCCCCCAAUUGUCCCCUCCAUCCCCGACUCUCUCCAGGGACCCAACACUGACCAUCCUACACAUCUGACUCUACCCCCUGGGGCCCACCAUCUGCCCGGAUCCCUCUGGCUCACACUGCCUACCCUCUUCAUGAAAUUGUAGUGUUCAAUCAUGACCCCAUCUCAGCCUCCUCCUCACCUUUUCAGCAGGUUCCGUGGAAUACAGUACAGGGUCAAUCCAACGUAACGUGGAAGAACUAGCCAACAGAUGUCACUCGGUAUCUUCAGCCAUGUGACCCAGGGAGAGGUGGGUGGGGAGGCGGAGAAUGGGACAACUGGAUGAGGGGUAAAGGAAGGCUUGCACUACUUGUUUCCUGUCAAUGUGAAUUAAACUCUCAUUAAUUUUUGAA